CGCCCGCUAUCAGAGUGCAAUGGCCUGUACAUGACCAUCUGCAGAGGGCCUGAAUGUUCCUACACCAUCUUGACCUCACCACCGCACUGCGCCCGUCGCUCCUGCCGGAGGAGACGCUGCUGUUUGUGCAAGAUGCCGUGGGGCUCUACGAGGGCAAAUUCAAGAUAGCCCAGUACCAGAAUGGCCAGGCCUACCUGACCUCGCACCGUGCAUGCUAUGUCGACCAUAGUGAACCGCGCAAAAGCUCCGUGGCCAUCUUCCUCAAGGAUGUUGAGAAGCCCGAGUUCUAUGCUGGCUUCCUCAAGUCUAAUCCCAAGAUCACCCUCUAUCCCAAGCCCCUGAAGCAGCUAUCGCGAGGCGCUUCAGUGCCUCCCAACUCGCAUAGUCCAUCGUCCGCUACUCCGCCGCGACACAGCAGCCCCGUGCCAGCACCUCCAGCCAGCGCAACCUGGGUAUGCCCCAUCUGUUCCUUUUCGAACCCAGUCCCCUCAAACUUUGACCCGGCGCUCGCUUCUCGCACACCGAUACCGCCAUGUCUGGCCUGUGGCAUCAAGCCGCCAACGGUGCUCGUGAUCAAGGCAGCGAUAGCAGCCAUGUCGAACAGACCGGCGCCUGGUCCACCACCCAAGGACACCAAGAAUGGAGUCCCUGCCUCCACAUCUUCUGAAAGCUCAAUGCUGUCGUGUCCUAGGUGUACCUUCCAGAACCACCCGUCUCUGUCCAACUGCGAGAUAUGCGGCGCGUCAUUGAUGACAGCCAGAGACAGGCGACUUGAUCUUCCCAUAGACCCUGUGAGAUCAGAGUCUCCUGGGCCGAGUGUAUUAUCUCCCUCGCAGUCAGAGGUACCCGAAUGCAUCAAGAUUUCUUUCCGUAGCGGUGGAGAGAAGAUAUUCUACGAACGCCUGAAGAACGCCUUGGUACAACGCAAGUGGCUGCUCCAAAGCGCGCCGCCCAUCCCAAAGCCACGACCAUCUUCGGGAGCUUUUGACGACAACUAUUCUACACAAUCCAAUACGCCGUCAGCGGAGAUGGAGCGCCCAAGAGUCGUCGGCAUAGCAGGCUUGGAACGGCGCGGAAUAGAGCAAAGACAGAACAACGAGGCUGUGAUCGGUUCUGCUUUUGAGGAUCUCGAAGCCCUCAUGACUUCCGCAAAAGAGAUCAUUGCCUUGGCAGAGCAAUUUGCGUCACAUGCCAAUCUAGGAACCAACGACAGCUCAGAAGCCAGUGCACUUGCGUCUCAAUCCGCUUCUGCACUCGGACUCAUAACCACAAAGGAUAUGCUAGGCACAGGGUCCGGAUCGGAAUCGCUCUACGUGUCCGAAUUAUCCAGGAAUCUUGCAGAAUGGUUGACGGACGACACAAGAGGCAUACUGCGGAAAGAGGGGGGCAUCGUGACGCUUGUAGAUCUUUGGGCUGUAUUCAAUCGCUCGAGAGGCGGCGUAGAGCUCGUCAGCCCUGCUGAUUUCGAGAAGGCAGCACGAUUGUGGGACACACUGAAACUCCCUGUGCGUCUUCGUCAGUUCAAGAGCGGCCUUCUUGUCGUUCAAGGUCGCGACCGUACCGACGAAAAGACCAUUGCCAGCCUCCUAGCUUGGCUGAAGAGCCUACACAAUCAAAAACCACUCGCCGAUGUAACAUGGGAUUGGCAAGCAUAUGGUAGAGGUGUCACAGCGCAAGAGACUGCGGAAAGAUUUGGCUGGAGUGUUGGCGUCGCGAACGAAGAGCUUGAGAUGGCUGAAGAAGCAGGCGCACUUUGUCGAGAACAUGGCAUCGAUGGGUUCAGAUUUUGGGAGAACUGGCUCGUCAACGUACCUGAUGUCACUAUCGUUGUUUGAUAAUUCAAUACAUCAACACUCAUAUCUCACGGGACCUGGUCCUCUGGUGAGCUUCACAUGCUCUAGGGCAUUUCGGUAGCGAGCCCCUCGUGACCCAACUUUGGCCUCCAUACCUCUUGUUCCGUGUUAUUCCCAUCUGUGUGAUCAGCCUGCUGAUAACUCACUAUAAUGAUAUAAUGCACCCG